AUGAUUUGGAACAUAGCUGCACUGUUUUUGGUUAUUUUGACGAAAUGUAGCGAGGGUGCUAAUAUCCUGUAUGUGAUACCAUUUACGUCUAAAUCACACUACAUCAUGCUGAGACCAAUCGGCUUAGAACUAGCUCGAAGAGGCCACAAUGUAACUGUCAUCACCGCAAACAGAGAGAAGGAUCCUCCACCAAACUAUCAUGAAGUUAUGGUUGAUGAUAAGAAAAUUUGGGAUGUCAUAGGAGGCGAAAGACCGAAUGUGUUCUCAAUGGUUCAGUUAUCGGCUGAAAAUUUUCACGAAAAAAUCUUAUGGACCGGUGGAACUGCAUUUACGGAAGUCACGUUGAAUUCCACGGAAGUGCAACGAUUUCUGAAGACAGAUGUCCAGUUCGACUUAGUAAUUUGCGAGCAAUUCUUUCAGGAAGCGUUAUAUGUGCUUGCGCAUAAAUACAAUGCUCCUCUCGCUUUGGUUACAACUUUCGGAAAUUGUAUGAGACACAAUAUUCUCGUUCGAAAUCCUUUACAGCUUGCAACAAGUAUAUCUGAAUUUCUGGACCUCAAAGAACCAAUGAGUUUCUUCGGCAGAUUGAGGAACCUCUAUUUCACCGUGUAUGAGUUUGUAUGGUGGAAAUACUGGUACUUGGAGAAACAAGAGGAGAUGGUGAAGAAGUAUAUACCAGAUUUACCCCAACCUGUACCCAGUUUGUAUGAUAUUCAAAGGAACACAUCUUUGAUGCUCGUGAAUAGUCAUUUCAGUUAUGAUGUUCCUGUCUCGUACUUGCCUAAUAUUAUCGAAAUUGGUGGUAUACAUCUCACAAAAAUAGAACAAAAACUACCUGAGGAUCUCAAGGCGCUAUUAGAUGCAUCUGAGCAUGGAGUGGUUUAUAUAAAUUUUGGAUCUAACGUAAGAAGUGCCGAGCUGCCUGUGGAAAAAAGAGACGCCUUUCUUAAAGUGUUUAGGAAAUUAAAGCAAACAGUUUUAUGGAAAUGGGAGGACGAAAGUUUGAAGGAAAAACCUCAUAAUGUGAUAACGAGAUCGUGGCUCCCUCAAAAAGAAAUCUUGGCUCAUCCCAAAAUAAAACUAUUUAUCUCUCAUGGUGGACUCAUAGGUACACAAGAAGCGAUGAACAACGGAAUACCAAUUAUAGGUGUACCAAUUUACGCAGACCAGUUCAACAAUUUACUACUGGCGGAACAGAUUGGUUUUGGAAAGAUCCUACAGUUUCACGAUAUCAACGAAAACAGACUAGAAAUUGUUAUUAGUGAGGUCAUUAACAAUGAAACCUAUUUGAUAAAAGCGAAAGAGGUAUCAAAAAGAUUUAAGGAUAGACCCCUGAAUGCUCUCGAUUCCGCUAUGUACUGGCUAGAGUACGUAAUACGUUAUAAGGGAGCCGAUUUCAUUAAAAAUCCUGCAAGAGAAUUGACGUGGACGGAGUAUACUUUGCUAGAUAUAUACGUUUUAUUAGCGAUAGCUACGAUAGGAACUAUUGGAGCUAUCUUUUAUUUGCUGAUAUACAUAACUAGUCUAUUUAAAUAUUCUAUAUCUAUAAAACAUAAAAAACUUAAAUAA